CCACUAGAGUGCGCAAUCUAAAACAGCAGUAGAGAAAUUCAUCGGUCAAAUCCACCUUCUUUCUGGCGUUCAUUAAAACAUCUUUCCAGGAUAUCGAGUGGCAGUGCAAACUCUGAAAAAACCAUCACUCCACAUUACGUUAUGACAUCUGACUGCUGUUGCACAUGGUUUACAAAUAUAUGGUGCUGCUUUCUCCUCUUGCUCGGCCUACUCUGCUGCACUGGCAGUAGUGAAAGAGAAGGCACAAAACAGGUGGAAGAGCGCACAUUGGACAGGCAGACAGAGUUGGACCAGGUCGUGUUUGUCAUCCAGAGUCAGAAGAACGCACACCACGCCCACUGGGCAGAGCAGCAACGCCAGGACCUUCUCCAUCAGGCUGCCAGCCUCCACCAGGAUCCUCCUGUUGUGUUGUUGCUUCACGAGCUCUCUGACUAUGAUGGGAACUGGAGCAUUCUGCCAGUCCUGCCCCUCCUUUCUGCUACUUUUGGGAGACGCUGCUUUUGGAUCUUUUUUAUGGAGGAAGUGACAGUGGUGAAAAUUCCAAGGCUUCUAAAAGUCCUCAGCCGUUUUGAUGCUGGUAAGGAAUGGUUUCUUGGUAGUCCUCUCCACGAUGAUGUGUCAACUAUUAUACACCACUAUAUUUUCUUCGACGAUCCCUCCAAUUUUAAGUACCCUGACUUUACAGCUGGUUGGGCGGUGAGCUGUCCAUUGCUUAACAGGUUGGCGGAGCGAGUGAACAGUGAGUCCCCUAAGUCAGACUUCACCAUCGACCUAAAACAUGAGAUUGCCCUUUAUGUUUGGCAUGAGGGAAGAGGUCCCUCCCUUACCCCAGUCCCAGAGUUCUGUGCUGAAGAAUUGGACUCAGGAGUCAGUGAUCACUGCGCCACUGUUGUCACCAAUCUGCCUACCUGCGGAGAGCCAGUGAAACAGGAGGAGGUUUUUGUUGCCGUGAAAACCUGUACGAAAUUCCAUGCCGACAGAGUCCCUGUGGUGAAACAGACCUGGGCCAGAGAUGCAGCUUAUCUGGAGUACUACAGCGAUACAACAGACCCCUCUAUACCUACUAUUGACCUGGGGAUUCCCAACACUGAACGAGGGCAUUGUGGUAAAACUUUUGCCAUCUUGAAACGCUUCAUUAGCAACAGCGUCCCAGAGUGCCACUGGCUAGUGAUUGUGGAUGAUGACACGCUGAUAAGCCUGCCCAGACUCAGGAGACUUCUAAGUUGCUACAACCCCAAAGAGGCAGUGUGCUUGGGUGAGCGCUAUGGUUACGGUCUGAUUCAGAAUGGCUACAGUUACAUCACAGGUGGAGGGGGGAUGGUUCUCAGCCGCACAGCAGUGCGUAGGAUCUUCUCCGGUGGCUGCCGGUGCUACAGUGACGACGCACCUGAUGACAUGGUGUUGGGGAUGUGCUUGAGCUCUCUCCGAAUCCCUGUCACGCACAGUCUUCUCUUCCACCAGGCACGUCCAGAUGACUAUCCAAAGGAAUUCCUUGCCAGAGAGGAACAUAUCUCCUUCCACAAACACUGGAACAUGGAUCCUGUGAAGGUCUACAAGCGCUGGCUUAUGGACACAGCGGGGGAGGGAUGGGAAUCUCAAUCGAGAAAUAUUAAGGAUGAGUUGUAGAAGUAAUGUGUGAGAAGGCCUCCACCCAGAGCCGUGUAAAUGAGACUGCUGGGGUGGGUGUGUGUCUGUGAGAGGUGGAGAUUUUGGCCCAAAAAUCUAUCUGGUAUCUGUAUGUUUCGUUGUUGCUAUUCUGUUCUGCUCAAUAUUUUCAACACUUUGCACUUCACACCUUCAAGAAUAAAUGAGAGUGUGCCUUUAUAUUGUUGGGGAAUUUUUGUGUGUUGUAUGAUGA